AUGCCAGCUAACACCGAGCUUCAUUCCGCCAAUUAUGAUGGAGAAAAUGAUUUCAGCGGCAGCAGUGAAGACAAUGAGAACGAUGUUGAUAAUGGAUACAACGUUAGGUGGUCGUUGCAUGUGCAACCUUCUCCAGCAAUAAAUUUUGUCAGCGAUUCUGUUUCGGUUGAGCCCUUCACAGCAUCAGAAAUUGAUGAUGACGUACAGAUUUUGACUGCGGCGGAGGCUGCGGCAGCUGCUCAGAACGCAGUGGACGAGCAAAAAAUUUCACGCAGACGCAAACGCAAGCGCUCAAUCGUGAAUACAAAAGUCCAGCCGACGGAGUGCACGAUCUGCUGCGAUGACUGCACAAUAACUGGAAAUCAUCGUCUUGUGGCGCUUAAAUGCGGCCACUUGUUUGGUAAGCAUUGCAUCGAACGGUGGAUCUGUGAGAAGCACACGUGUCCCAUCUGCAACGCUUGCAUAAAUCAAACGGACAUCUUUUUUUUAUUUUUGAAUCACGUAGCGGUCGUGGACAACUCGGCAAUAGAAGACAUGACUCAGAAAUUUAACCAGGAAAAGGUGAAUACAAGCAAAUUGGAAAUGGAUGUCGCAUUCCUUCGACAAAAGUUGCGGAGAAAGAAGGAAAAGGUUCAGCAACUGUAUGCGGACUUGACAAAAUUGAGAAAAAAAUAUGCGGAGAUGCGCGAGCAACAGAGAUGUAUGGAGGCAUUUGAUUAUCAAUUUAUCCAGUCCCAAUCAACAUAUAAUGCGAGCGUUGAUGGCUCACCAAUACCUUGUAGAGACUUGAAGCGAUCGGAAGUUGCUUGCAUAGAUCGCCAAAGCUGCUCGCACCCUUCUAUUGUCUCUACGUCCCAGCUACCAUCCAAAAUUGGCAACUUGUCAUUUUCUGCAGCAGUCUACAAAUACAAACAUCUAUGGGCUGUGUCUCUACUAGGUGCACGCGUUCAUAGCAUUGCCCGAUCGUGUAGAUUCGUGUGCGUUGGUGAUAAACAACCACAAGGCUCUCAUGGGCUUUUAAUUUUGAGCUGUCAGAACCCAGCACGAGGAGAACGCCUUGCUGUUCACAAUUCAGAAGUGCGUGACAUUUGCAUUCAUUCAUCGGAAGCGUUUGCACUUACGGUGGCAUUCGAUGGUAAAAUGGCAAUGACAUGUCUAAACGAUCAAAAGGUGGUGCUUCAAAUAAUGCUUCCUAACGGAAGACGACAAGGCUGGUCGUGCACAUUUAGUGCAUCCGAUCCUUAUGCAAUGUAUUGUGGCUUUCAAGAUGGGAGUGUGGCCAAGUACGACUAUCGAAAGCCAAAUGCAGGCAACCACGGCAUCGUUGAAAGCUUUUUGCUACCAGAACGGCAGCCUGUACAUUCAAUUAAGCUAUAUAAAUCAUCUGAGGGUAUGGAAGGACUUGCAGCGGCUACGUUUCGCGGAUUAUCAAUUUGGAAAAAUGUUGAGGCGAGUCCAAAUACUUCUGUUGGAGCGACACCAUUUGCACACGUACCUACUGAUCAAGCUUGUUUUUCGCUCGCGUCCGAUCAAUUACACUCCCAGAAAGUUGUGCUCUCAGAACGUUCUAUGCCAACAAAGCACAGUGUGUUCGACUUACAUUCCAUCGAGAUUGGGAGGCGUGCACCAAAUUUUGAGUUUGCUGGACACAAGGCUUCAUCUGUUUUAUCUCGUUCGGCAAUAUGGUCCGAAGCUGACGGCACUUCAAUUGUAUCCUCGUGGUCUCAGGAUGUCGGAAGCGUGACGUUUUGGGACGUUGCCAAUCAUCGUGAGGUAGAUGGUCCAGAUCCGAAGACCUCGAGCAGGGCGAGCACUGCCACGCCUGUUGUGGAUAUCCAACACGCUGUAGCCAGGGAUAGUUGGAUUGAUGGGACGGCACUUCUUGGUACGAUGACAGCUCGGCAGCUAUGCAUUUGUCGUUUAGGUGCGAACUUGUGA